AAUUUAAAUUUUGUUUUCCAGUUCAGAUCAUUUAUGCUGUAGAUAUAAAAUUUAUAAACCUUUAGAAUCGGGAGAACUUCAGUCGUAACAUCCAGACUGUAUGCUACUGCCGUCCUUUGAAUAUUUCGUUUACUGUUUUUUUGUUUUAAAUUGCAAAAAUGAGUUCUGCCAACAAUGAAAACAAAGCUCCUGAGAAAGCUUCAACAUCUGGUCGUGCUACUGCUAGUUCCGCCAAAGAUAAUGCAAGUGACACUUGGUCACUUAAAAACUUUGACAUUGGCAAACCACUGGGACGAGGAAAGUUUGGCAGCGUGUACCUUGCUAGAGAGAAAAAGAGCAAGUUUAUCGUUGCACUGAAAGUGCUGUUUAAAUCGCAACUCAUGAAAAGUAAUGUGGAGCAUCAAUUACGAAGAGAGAUUGAAAUUCAGUCUCAUUUGCGUCAUCCACACAUUCUGCGACUUUACGGUUACUUUCACGAUGAGACGAGAGUGUAUCUGAUCCUGGAGUAUGCAUCUCGUGGGGAAAUGUACAAGGAGCUGCAGAAGCAGGGCAAGUUUACAGAGGAGAUGUCCGCUACGUACAUAGCCGAGCUAGCAGAUGCGCUCAACUACUGCCACAGCAAACAAGUCAUUCAUCGUGACAUCAAACCGGAGAACUUGUUGAUGGGUCUUCGAGGGGAAUUGAAGAUUGCUGAUUUUGGUUGGUCUGUGCAUGCUCCGUCCUCUAAACGCCAAACUCUUUGUGGUACGCUUGAUUACCUCCCACCAGAGAUGAUUGAAGCAAAAGAUCAUGAUGCUAACGUCGACCUGUGGACACUUGGGAUUCUAUGCUAUGAGUUUCUUGUUGGCAAACCACCUUUUGAAACAAAAAGCACACAAGAAACAUACCUCAGAAUUACAUCACUGAAAUAUUCAUUCCCUCCCCAUGUAUCAGAGGGAGCUCGUGAUCUUAUUCGUCGCCUCUUAAAGUUGGAACCACGACACCGACUUCCACUGGAAAGUGUAAUGGCUCACCCCUGGAUCAAAGCCAAUGCCAAAGUACAUAAGUUUGGACCAGAUGGUCGACCUAUGGACUGACAGUAAUUUUCCAUUGAACCUUUUCCAAUAACCACUCAAUCAUUUGAAGUUUUGCUAGAUUAUAAGAUGGCAACUUUUCUAUGUACAUAGACACUUUCUCAAAAACUCUGAACUUUUCUGUUGUUCUUUCAGAGGCAUUUUGUUUCUAUCUGCCUUUUCUGAUCUCAUGCUUGCUUUGUUUAAAAACAACAUUCUAAAAUAUUUGAAA